CUGUGCCUCCUACCACCAUCACUCUCUUUCGCUCUCUCCUUUCCUGAAGUACUGCAGCGAGAGAGCACUGCAUCGGAAAAAACCUCACUGCGCUGGCAAUUACCUCUGACUCACAUUACUAUUCUAGAGUAAAAAACCCACAAGAAUAUUUUUGUUUCACCAUUAAGCGAAAGCGGAGUCUGAUGCAAUGGGUAAUUAUCAGCCCAGUUCACUCUUCUAGCCAUAAACGACGCCUGGCCGAUGAUUGCCACAGCCAUUGUGGGUUAUCUCCUGUGGUGACUCAAGAGUUUUCCUCCCUGCUGCAUCUCAAGACCCACUGAUCUCACCAUUUCUGAAAUUCCCCUGUCAGCGUACAUUCACCCCUCUUGCCCUUCUUCCCUCUUUCUUCUACUUCUAAGUAUUCUCUGAAGCCCCGUGAAGACCUGGUGGAGCAAUAAUGGAGGACAAUUACAAUAACAGGACUUCCCUGGCUAAGGGGGCCAAGGACAUUGUCAAGGAGGCCAAGCGGCAUGCAACAAAGAAAGUCAACAAGGUGGUGGAUCGCGCCACAGAUGAGUACUCAUCCCACCACAACUACAGCCGAUUCCAGGAUGAGGAGGACGAAGAUGAGGAUUUCUACCGGAACCCUCCGAGGCAGGACGGAGAGAGCUACCCUGACAACGAGGAGGGCUCCAGUGAUGCAACCGAGGGCCACGAUGACGAGGAUGAGAUCUACGAGGGCGAGUACCAGGGUAUCCCCUCCGCAGGAGAUAGGAAGCAAAAGGAGGGCCAGGUGGCACUGGGGCAACCGGUGUCAGAUGCCACAAGGGACCGUAAGGGGCUGGAGGAGGAGAGACAGGCGGACGAGGAGGAGCUGGCCCAACAAUACGAGCUGAUUAUCCAGGAGUGUGGCCAUGGGAAGUUCCAGUGGCAGCUGUUUCUGGUGCUUGGGCUGGCACUCAUGUCAGAUGGGGUGGAGGUGUUCGUGGUGGGCUUUGUGCUGCCAAGCGCAGAAACAGACAUGUGUGUGCCCAAUUCCAGCUCAGGAUGGCUAGGCAGUGUUGUUUACUUGGGGAUGAUGGUUGGAGCGUUCUUCUGGGGAGGGAUGUCUGACAAAGUGGGCCGCAGACAGUGCCUCCUCAUUUGCAUGUCCACGAAUGGCUUUUUUGCCUUCCUGUCAUCUUUUGUUCAGGGAUACGGCCUCUUCCUCCUUUGCCGUCUCAUCGCGGGCUUUGGGAUAGGAGGUGCUGUGCCCAUCGUUUUCUCCUUCUUUGCAGAGGUGUUGUCCAGGGAGAAAAGAGGAGAACACCUCAGCUGGCUGUGUAUGUUCUGGAUGAUUGGAGAGAUCUAUGCAUCUGCUAUGGCCUGGGCCAUCAUACCACACUAUGGUUGGAGUUUCAGUAUGGGUUCAGCAUACCAGUUUCACAGCUGGAGGGUAUUUGUGGUCGUCUGUGCCCUGCCCUGUGUGUGUGCUGUGGUGGCACUUACCUUCAUGCCUGAAAGUCCCAGGUUCUACCUCGAGGUGGGGAAGCAUGAUGAAGCCUGGAUGAUCCUCAAACAGAUCCACGACACCAACAUGCGAGCGCGUGGGCAACCGGAGAAAGUCUUCACCGUAAACAGGAUUAAGAUCCCCAAACAGAUGGAUGAACUGGUGGAAAUGGAGUCAGAGUCUGGCAACCAAGUUUCCAAGUUUUUCUUCAGAAUAAAGACUGAAAUACAUGGGAUCUAUCUGAAUCUCAUGAAGUGCUUCAACUACCCUAUGAGAGAAAACAUGAUGAGACUAGCUAUAGUUUGGUUCACGUUGUCAUUUGGCUAUUAUGGCCUGUCAGUCUGGUUCCCUGAUGUCAUCAAACACCUCCAGGCAGAUGAUUAUGCCUCCAAAGUGAAGCUGCACAAUAAUGAACGCAUUGAAGACUUCACUUUCAACUUCACUUUGGAGAACCAGAUACACCAAAAUGGCCUGUUCAUCAAUGACCGAUUCAUCAAUAUGAAGCUGAGGUCCGUCACCUUCAUUGACUCUACCUUUCGUAACUGCUACUUUGAUGAUGUGACUUCAGUGGGCUCCUUCUUCCGCAACUGCACUUUCAUUGAUGCUUUCUUCUUCAACACAGACAUUGAUGAAUCCAAGCUAAUAGAUGGCACAGAGUUGAUCAACAGCACAUUCACACACAACAAGAAAGGAUGCCAGAUGACAUUUGAUGAUGACUACAGUGCCUACUGGGUUUACUUCAUCAACUUCCUGGGGACUCUGGCUGUUUUGCCCGGCAACAUUGUGUCCGCCCUUCUCAUGGACAAAAUUGGUCGUCUGUCCAUGUUAGGUGGCUCCAUGGUCCUUUCAGGCAUCAGCUGUUUUUUCUUGUGGUUCGGCACCAGUGAGUCCAUGAUGAUUUUCAUGUUGUGCCUUUACAACGGCCUGAGCAUCUCUGCCUGGAACUCUCUGGAUGUGGUGACGACUGAGUCAUUCCCUACUGUCAGGAGAGGAACAGGCUUUGGAUUCUGCAAUGCUCUCUGCAAGCUGGCUGCAGUCUUGGGGAACCUGAUUUUUGGUUCUCUUGUUGGCAUCACAAAGGCCAUCCCCAUCCUCAUGGCCUCGUCUGUGCUCGUCGGGGGAGGCCUGGUUGCACUCAGGUUGCCUGACACCAGGGAGAAUGUCCUCAUGUAACACUGGCUUGGCAUUCAUCAGCUGGGAUAAAACCUGGAUAAAUCUGGGUAAAUCCGAGAGAAAGCCCCGGG